AUGGUCCAGCUUCACAUUUUAGUAGAACUCCGGGCUCGCGUAGAAGUAGGUGAUGCCUAUGAAUGUGGCAGCAACGCCGAUGAUGACGCUGCUGCUUCGCUCAAGACUUUCUCGGGCUCCAUCAAGGGAGUCUUGGCGUUCGGUGCCAAUAUCGACACGGACACCAUUAUCCCCGGCAAGUUCUAA